AUGGCUUUGGGUUUGCCCUUCAUGAAUAAUUCAAAUUUUCGUGGUCAGGAUUUACUGCCGUAUGUCGGCGUCGUCGGUGUCGCAGAAAGUGUGAGUGCAAGUGAUGUCGUUGAAGUCAGUGAGGAAAACAAGUGCGUGAAACAGGAAGAAGUGAGCAAGCCGGAGGUGUGCACCAACAGUGAGUGUGAAGUGAAGAGUGAAGUGAGUGGUGGUGUGGGCGCGGAUGGUGUUGCCAGCGCCGUGGCCUCCGAGGAGGACGACUGUGUGAUAGUGUGCGCUCGAGAUGCGGACGAUAGGUCUGACUCGGGAGUGAGCGGUGUGCGUUCGGGCGGCUCGGCCAGCUCGGUGGAGGAGCGCGAGUGGCGCGGCAUGGCGCACGGUUACGGCGGUGGUCCUCCCCCGCCCCUGUUGCACCUGCCCCCGCCACCGCCCCCUACGCUUUACAGCAGUGAGCUGCUGUGGAAGCAGCGGUACCAGUCACCUAUUCAUCCACCGCUACACCAUGAGAUCGCUGCGGAUUAUCUGGCGGCUGCAACCUACGAUAGAGAGAGACAUGAAAGACUGCUACGAGAUCGAAGAGAUCAGGAGCAACAACGGGAAAUGCUGGAGAAGCAGCAGAAAGAAAGAAAGGAGAGAGAACGGAUAGAGCAAGAACGAGAAAGGGAACGUGAACGUGAGAGGGAGAAACAGGAAAGAGAAGAGAAAGAAAGAAGAGAUCAAGAAAAUGCAGCCUCGAAACUUGUUUCGAGACAUUUCGAGGAAUCUUUUAGGCUGGCUAACCAAAAGCGGGAGCGCAUGUCAUGGUCACUACUGCACAGCUUGGGGCCGAACCGAGGGGCUCCGGCGCCUGAGCACGAGCGUCUACGUGCUCCACCCCCAGAUGGGCGAUAUUAUUCUCCGCCCGGGCACCCACCCCAACACCCCACGCAUCCCUCCCACCCUUCACCGCGACCACCGGCGGGAUCCCCAGCCGACUACUGUCCGCCUCAUGCGAGGAUCUCUAUACCUUCGAAACCUGAUAAACCUACCCCUCAUCCAUCUCUACCUAAAGGCGAACCCAAUUUUGCGCCUUAUAGCGCCUUAUACCCUCCCUACCGCGCAUAUGAGAAAAUGAAAGACCAGCACUUACCAGCACCGCCGCCACUGGUUCCUGAGAAAAACUCUGUGAUAGUAAAACACGAUGCCAAGCAGAUCCACCUAGAGCAGAAGCAUCCAUAUCCAAGUAAACCUCGAAGCGAGCCGUCCCCACACUACCUUCCAUCAAGACCAUACCGAACAGGACCCUCGCCACAUGCGCCGCCACACCCACAUCCCACACUUCAGACCUCCUCGCCACAUGCUGCUUUGCCAGCCCAAGAUAAAAACGCACGGCGGAUGUAUCAACCUCCACCCCCACGUUCCCCAGCAUACUAUCAAACCGCUCCCCCUGUGAAGCCAAAAGUGUCCAGCCCGGCACCACCUCACAUAUAUGGUAAGCCGAGCAACUCGCCAAGCCCAGCGCAUUAUGGGGUUGCAGUUGAGCCCCCGCCCAUGCCUCUUACUAAGGUAGAACCGCCGAAGGUGCCCUAUCCUCCGCCCUACGCGUCCAAUCAGUGCACGCGGCCACCGCCUCCCGCACAUUCACGGACCCCAGAACCGCGCCCAUCUCCACGUCCUAUCGUAGAGGCCAACCCCACUUCGCCCUGCCAACUACAGCCCCUCGAUUUAGGAAUGGUGCGUGACGACCCCGAACGUUUAUCACCAAGACGAAGAGGAGCAGCUGAACCCCCAGAGGUGGACGCUAAGCGACGACGGCUAGACGAAUCGACGGCGCCAGAGCCACUAAUAGCAGCGGCAGCCGGUGCCGGUCGAACUCCCCAUGGAUCCGAGCCUGCACCUCAAGCACCUGGUCCGCCCUGUGACGUUCGCGUACCUUCGGCCGAUGGAAGUGUGGCUACACCUGAGCGUGCAGCUGGAGCCUCUCCAGCACCGCACCUAACACCAGCCGCGAGCCCAGCACCGGCGACACCGGUGCCGCCGGUUGCUGCCUCGCCGCCGACUGCGGCUGCUCCUCCAACGGCACCUACCCCUCCAGCACCACCUGCCACUCCACCUGUAACACCGGGAGCAGAGGGGGACACACCCGCAAAAACAGCCGCGUCACCUCGUGACUCUGGCGGCGCACCUGUGCGACAUCUUGGUAAGAAAGCCUGGCUGCAACGGCAUGAGACCGCUCCCAUCGGAGAGGGUGACUGCUCCGGUGGAGGCGGCACGUGUAUAACGCUUCCUAUGACGAUAAACCGAGCUUCGGAGCAGGAUGACUCGAGUUCGAAUAUAGUCGUGCCGGUGGCAGCCAAGUCCAUACAACGCGGAACACGCAAGACUUCAAAACCACGGAAACCCAAGGAGCCGAACGGUCGCGCUGAAGAUGCAGAGGAGGACAGCUCCAGUUCAGAUCGAGAGUCAGCCGCGCCACCUAAACGCAAGCCACCUAAGGCGAAGCGGAAAAAAGGAGUGGUCCCCCGAAAAGCCAGCGACGAACCGAAACGAAAAAAGGCGUCCGAAAGCGGAAGCGAGAGUGACAAGGAGAGUGAUGAUAAAGACUCUGAUUCGGGCGGUAGCGGCAGUGGAAGCGGUAGCACUUCGAGCCGACGCGGUGGCGCAGGGCGAGCUCGUGGUCGCCGAGCGCGAGGUGGAGGCCGCGGCGGCCGGCGGCGGGACGAGCCGCCGCGCCGCACGCCUCAGUCCUCGUCUACGUCCCGGCCUGCACCCGACUCCUUUCUGCAGAACGGGCCGUGCUUCGAGGUCGCGCCGCGCCUCGCUAAAUGCCGCGAGUGCCGCUGGUCACCUGCUCAACGCGACAAAGAUAUGCCAAACAUAUUUUGUCGUUUCUAUGCUUUCCGAAGACUGAAGUACGCCAAAAAUCGGCAGCUGGCUAUAGCCGGCUUCUCGGACCCCUACAAGGAUGCUGAAGAGGAUGAUAAAAAACUUUGGCUAUCGUCAUCCGCAGGGGCGGCCGAACUAGACAUUGAAAUGAGUUGCUUCCUCUUGAAGGAAAUUGGAGACCAGUUCUGUGAACUGUUACAACAGGAGAAGGAGGCUGAAUUCCAUCAUUUGAACGAUGAUAAAACAAUAGCAUGGAAAAGAGUAGUGCAAGGCGUGAGAGAAAUGUGUGAUGUCUGUGAGACUACUCUAUUCAAUUUCCACUGGACGUGUGGAAAGUGUGGCUUUGUCGUAUGCUUAGAUUGUUAUAAGUCCCGGACAUCCGGUGAGUCCAGUCAAUCAUCAACACCAGAAACGAACAACUCGUCUAACUCCAACACGACUAACAGCGAAAGAGAUUCAUUCGGAUGGCUGACGUGUACGAUGGGAGGCGCUCACCCGGCGCGGCGCCUGUUGCUGACGCAGAUCGCGGCGGGCGGCGCGCUGGCGGCGGCCGCGGCGCGCGCGCACGCGCUGCGCUCGGCCUUCGCGCUGCCGCCCUGCGCAUGCGGCGCCGCGCCCGCGCCCGCGCCGCACGCGCGAGCCGCCGCGCGCCGCCUGCUGCACCGCGCGCUGCAAAAGAAUAUCAAGAAGGAGGACGUUAAAGAGGAGGUCGCCGCGACGAACGGUUCGUCACCGGUCAAAUCGGAGAACGGCAAGAGUAGUCCCGUUGUCAGUUGGCUCUCGGAUAUGCCCCUCAAGACGCAAGCUGACGAUGAGAAAUCGGAAUCGAGCUCGUCAGACUCUGAAGAAGAAGGAAACUUCUCGACGUUGCGGGAGUUGCUCAUCCGGCCGGCUCCCGAGGGUGCCGAAACGCAACCUAAGAAAAAACAGAAAAAGAGUAGAGGCGACAUUCUCGAUGAUGUAAUUUCGAGUGUCGUCAAGGAGAAAAAAGAUGAGGACGGUGAAGUCAAACCGUUUGCACUCUCGAAUGUCGUUAAGCGAUAUGAGCGUAGUGGGCGUGGACGAGAGGAGCUUCCUAUACGUAUAAUGACACUAACAGAGUCCAAGUUGUUGUAUCCUGAUGUGCCGCACGCUUGGCUCUGCGAUGGCAAGCUGCUACACCUCACUGACCCCAUGCAUCCUGGAAAUUAUAAACCCUUCCAGGACCAGUGGAAACGUGGUCAACCGGUUCUAGUCUCAGACGUAUCGACGAUCCUCGAUAAGGAUUUAUGGAGCCCCGAAAGUUUCUCUCGAGAUUUCGGCGACACACGAGUGGACUUAGUCAACUGUGCGUCCGGUUUAGUCGUACCGUGCCAACUGGGUAAAAAGUUCUGGGACGGAUUCGACCUGGCGGCGAAGCGACUGAGAGACGAGCGCGGCGCUCCGAUGGUGCUCAAACUGAAAGAUUGGCCCCCGGGCGAGGACUUCGCGGAACUUCUCCCCGCGCGCUUCGACGAUCUCAUGCGCGCUCUGCCCCUCGGCGAGUACACGUCCCGCCACGGGAAGCUGAAUCUUGCCGCUCGGCUCCCCGAGUGCUUCGUGCGGCCCGACCUGGGCCCCAAGAUGUACACCGCGUACGGCGGGGCCGGCGGCACCACCAACCUGCACCUGGACGUGAGCGACGCCGUCAACGUGAUGGUGCACGCCAGCGCGCCGGCCGACGCGCCCGAGCGCGCGCGGGAGGCGGCGCGCGCGGCCGAGGAGGCGGGCGUCGACGUGCUGUCGCGGCGCAGGGCUCGCCAGAAGCCGCCGGCUGCCCUCUGGCACAUCUACGCCGCCAAGGACGCGGACAAGAUCCGGGACUUCUUGGUGCGAGCGGAGUUGGAACGCGGCGCUAGGCCGCGGCCGCAGCACGACCCGGUGCACGACCAGACUUGGUAUCUGGACGCGGCGCUGCGCGAGCGGCUGUACCGGGAGUACGGUGUGGAGGGGUACCCGAUCCUGCAGUGCCCCGGCGAUGCCGUCUUCAUUCCGGCCGGGGCCCCGCAUCAGGUCCGGAACCUGCUGGACUGCAUCAAGGUCGCCGAGGACUUCGUCUCGCCCGAGAACGUUUCGCGGUGUUUCGAGCUCGCUCAGCAGUUCAGGAGACUGUCCCGGCAGCACUCGAACAAGGAGGACAAGCUACAGAUUAAGAAUAUCGUGUAUCACGCGGUAAAGGAUUCUCUGUGCUGCCUCGAGGAGGCGCUCGCCGAAGAAAAGUGA